AUGGGAAGGUGAAACUGGUCUGCCCGGUCCUGCAAAAGGAGGUGAUCUGGGUGUCACCCAAACACCUGUUUCUCAGGGAGGAGUGGAGACAGAAGAACGGCUUUACUUCACCACUCUGUGACAGUUCUAAAGAGGCAGAAAGUGUACAGAGGAGUUUGUGGGGGUAAAGGAAAAACGGAAGUGAGACAGAUUCAUAAACACACACCAGCGGCAGAGAAGGUGAACCUCACCUCACUAAAACUUGUAGGAUGUUCAAGAAGAAAGAAAACACGGUGAAAGAUGAUUCCAAGACGAGCAAAUCGCAAGUGAGUAACCUGGCCUUGCUGAUUGCACGUAUGCAGAAGAAUGCAGACACUGUUGAGAAAGAUGUACUGCGUGCAGAAGAGCUGCUGCUCAUUGAUGCUGACAAUGAGAAAAAUAAUAAGAAAUUACAACAUCAGAAGGAAACUGCAGAUCUCUUAGGCCAGGCAGAGGGGCUCCUGAAAGAUCUAUUCCUGGAUAUGGACAAAGCCAAGAAAAUGAAACACCCUCAGGCAGGAGAAAUAGAGAAUGAUGUUAGUCGCCUUCAUGAGCGUUGGCUGAAAGACUGUUCCCUUUACCGAGAGCUGUAUGAGCCAUUGAACGAGGUGGAACUACAGCCAAGAAUUAACUGGGCUCUGGUGCUUAACCAAAAACAGAAAGAUGCAAGCAAAGAGGAGUAUGGCCCCACUUUGGCUGACCUGAAGAAGCAGAUUGCAGCUCAUAACAUCCUUCAUAAGGAGAUUGAGUCUUACAACAACCAGCUAUGCCCUGGAUCAACCAGUUCUCAGGAGGAAUAUGCUGCCAUUAAGAAGCAAUAUGCUAACCUACUGGAUAACUCAAAAUGGAGACGUCACUAUCUCAACAGCCUGUACGACUACAUGCAGGACUGUGAGAAGGAGGUGGCAUACAUGAGGGAAGAGCAGAACAAGAUCCUUAAACAGGACUGGAGUGAUCAGAUGGUUGACCAUGCUGACGUUCGCAGACAGUAUGAGAACUUCAAGAAUAACAGUCUGCUGUCGCAUGAAAGUGAGGUCAACAAAUUGCAGGAUGAUGGAGACCGACUGAUUGAGCUAAAACAUCCUGCUGCCAGCACUAUUCAGGCACAAAGAGACACUGUGAGGAAUGAAUGGCAGAAGUUUCUGAAUCUUUGCAUCUGUCAGGAAACACAUCUGGACAAUAUAGAGGAGUACAAAAGGUACCAACUGGAUGCAGAUACCUUGUCUGAGUCUUUGUCUAAGCUCGGCUCCACUGUUGAUGGCAAAGCACUCAAUGGCAAAACCAACACUGAAAUUCAGAUGCAGCUUGAGGCUGAAGAAAGGCCUCUACAGCGCAAUGAGCAGCUUUUAGCUGACCUGAGAAAGCGAAGCACUGCCAUCACACCACUAAAACUUCGCCACACUCCACCAAGCAAAACUACCAUGGUUGAGUCUCUAUGUGACUGGAAAACUCCCAAGGCUUCAUUGAACAGAGGAGAGCUGUUUAAUCUGAAGUCCAACACAGACAAUGACAAUUGGGAGGUUCAGUCCAAUGAUGGGACAAGCAAAAUAUUUCCUGGAGUUUGCUUCAUGAUUCCUCCACCGGAUCCUGAGGCCAUCAACAGAGUUGACCUGCUGGGGAAAGAGUUGGAAGAUCUAAAGAAAAGGCGAGCUGCUUUGAGAACUUCACUGAACAGUCAUCCAUCAAAGGCUCCUGUUUCACAGGCUCCAGUUCCUGCUCCAAGAGCUGAGGAGAACUCCAAAGCUGUAGAGCUGGCUAGCCGUUUAAACCAAAUAGAUAAAGAUCUAGCUCAAGUUGAGAUGAACACUCUGAGCAGUCUAAGAGCCCCACUGAACCGCACUGACCCUGCCACAGACCUCACUAAACGUCUGAAGGAGCAAGAGAGAACAAAUACAGUUCUCCAGCAGCUGGAAAAACAGAGGUCUGUAGCCCAAAAGGACCUGGAACCUCUACUUUCAAAGGAUUCUAAUGGGCCAACCUCUUCUACUCUACCCCAAAAACUCAGUGAUGCCAAAAACAAACAAGACAGUCUAGCUGCUCUCAUUGAUCUCUACAAAAAGAAGUUAAAUGCAUCUAUGGUUUUGGAAGGACAGCUUAGGAAGAUGGACAGCACUGUCUCAGACUUUGAGAAACAGCUCAGUGAUGAUGGUGCCAUCCCAGACAAACCUAGUGCCAUUCAGACCCGUACCCAGGAGAUUCAGGGUAUGAGAAAAGACGUUGUUGGUGCUCAAAGUGAGAUGCAAAAGCUUAGCGAGGACCUAGAGGCACUUAAGAAGCUAUGCAGUUCCCUUCAGCAGGGUUACCAGGAGUAUUGUCCUGAUAUACGCAGACAUGAAGCAGAAGUGAAGAAUCUUCAAAGCCGAUAUGCCAAUGUGAGCAACCAGCUAAAUGAAAGAGAGAGGCUUUUGCAAGAGGCUAACACAAAAAACCAGGACUUCCAGAAUGUGAGCCAAUCACUGAGCUCCUUCUUAGAUAAUCUACCUAACAACAAGAUCAACCCCAAAGAUGAUAUAGCUCAAGUCAAUGCCAAGCAGAACUCUCAAAAGAGGGUGAUAGAGGAUAUACAGAGGAAAGGUGAUGACAUGGACAGGGUGGCUGAUCUCUCCAAGGAUCUCCAGAAUGUUCUCAAAGAAUAUGAGAUGAAUUGUGAUAAGUACAAAGCAACUCUUGAUGACACACCUGCGACAAAUGCUAAAAGGCUUCACACCACCUCCCUAGCUAGCGCUGUUGCAAAGCAGGAAAAGGAUCUUACAAACCAUUACGCUGAAACAGCUGCUGAGAGUAACCAGUUGCUCAACCAGAUGAACUUGGCAAAGUGCAUCAUGGCUGAGAAUGUGGAAAAAGUAAAUGCUGUACAACAACAACAGGUGCAACAAAAGGCCUACGAGGACACUGAAGCUCUGCAGAAAGAAUUAAAGGACGAAAUUGCCAAAUGUACCAAUGCAGAAAAUAGCCUGAGCACCAUCAAGAACAGAUAUUUAUCUCUGAAGAGUCGAAGAGGAGUAGAGAGAGUGGAGGAGAAAGAGGUUCUGCAGUAUUACCGUGACCCAAAACUUGAGGCCAAUGUGGAGGAUUUUCUAAAGAAGAUUCACGAAGAAGCACUGAAACGCACCAAAACACAGAGUGAGAUUGAGGUACUGUCCAGAAAAAUCACUAGCUUAGAAAGUGAACUCAAGAACACCAAACCCAAGCUAGUCACAAGAGAGGUGACGGAGGUAGAGAAAGACCCUCAGCUGGAUGUAGAAGCAUCAAACAUUCGAGAAAAAAUAAGCAAUCUGAGAAGUGAACUCAGAGUUAAAGAACAAGAAAAGGCUUACCUGCAAACCGAGAUGACAAUUUUAGAGCAAAAGAAGCAAAACAUAAAAGAGAAGGUGGUGCAAAAGGAAGUGGUAAGACUGGAGAAGAAUCCAGAAAUGUUGAAGGCAGUUAGGACAUUUGAGAUGGAUAUCUCAGAUGAAGGUGAGAGGUGCAAGUCACUGAGGAGUGAAAUCUCCCAAACCAGAAGCCAGAUAAACUCUUUAGAGAGGCUCAUCCCAACUUUAGAGCCAAAAGUUGUUACCAAGGAGGUGAAAAGGGUUGAGCAGGACCCUGGACUCAUAAGAGAGUCUAAAGGGCUUCUGACUAGACUAGAAGAAGUGAGAAAUGAGAACAAAAGUCUCUUGAUUGAGCUUAGUAACCUUCAGUCACACCAUGUUCAAAUACAACAGAUGAAGCCCAAAGUGGAAGUCAAAGAAAUCAUAAAUGAGAACUUCAGGGUGGCCCCGGAGACAGAGGCAGAGAUGCAACGCUUGAGAAGGGAGCUUCAAGACAGUAGCAGGCAGUGCUCAGAUUUUGAGAGACAAAUUAGUAUUGUGAAAACAGAGCUUGGUGCUCUGCAUGCACAGAAACCAAAGGUUGAGUAUAAGGAAGUAGUUCAGGAGGUUGUAAAAGAGGAAAGAAGUCCAGAGAAUGUAAAAGAAAUACAAAGGCUUUCUGAUCAAGUAUAUUCACUGCAAAAAGCCUACAGUACUUUACAGGAUGAGCUUAUCCGUCUUAGAAAAGACAGGGAUGAGUGGAAGACUGAAAAGUCGAAGGUUGAGACCAAGAUUGUCACUAAAGAUGUAACUAAAUAUAUUGAUGACCCACUUCUGGAGAAGGAGGCAGAUCGUCUCAGGAGAGAUGUCCGCGAGGAAACUCAGAGGCGAAGAACUAUAGAGGAAAUGGUGUUUGAUCUUCAGAAUAAAUACAUUCAGCUUGAGAGACAAAAACCAGAGGAAAAAGUAGUAGUGCAAGAGGUGGUGCGUCUACAAAAGGACCCAAGGCAGAUUCUUGAUCAUGAUAGGCUAGGCAGGAGUCUAGAUGAAGAAGUGAAGAAUCGUAGAAAACUGGAGCUAGAGGUGCAGCAGAUGAGAGCACUCAUAGAAGACAAGGAGAUAUCCAUAAGAAGCAGUGAUGAAAGGCAAAAAAAGAUACAGGUGGAAACUGAGCUGAGACAAAUUAAAUCCAGAAUCCAUGAGCUAGAAACUGCCCCACCACCUAUUGAAGAGAACAUAGUAAUAGAGGAAGUUCUAAAAGUUGAGAGGGAUCCAAAACUAGAUAAACUGACCAAUGGUCUUCGGACAGACAUGGAUAAGGAAAGCAGUGACAUUAUGCGCUUAGAGCGAGACAUCAGGAAAAUGACACUCGAGAUAGAAAUUUUGCAGAGAGAGAAAUCAGUUGAGAAGACCAUCUAUAAAGAGAUUGUUCGUGUAGAGAAAGAUCAAGCAGUAGAAGCAGAAAGGUCCCACCUUAGAGAACAGUUACAACAGGAGAAAAAUGCCAGACGAGACCUUGAGGAUGAACUCCAUCGUCUAGAUGAGAAACUGCAGCGACAAGCAAGCAAAAGAACUACCACAUCCCUGGAGGAGACCAACCUGAUUCAUGAUCGGGACAAGCUGCAAAGAGAAAAAGAAAACCUCCAGAGAGAGCUAAAAACAUUAGAAUCUGAAAGACAAAAUAUCAGCAUCUCAUUCCACCAGCAGUCUAGGCUGAUGAGUGAAAGAAAUCAAAUGAAUAGGCAAAGAAGCAUUAAAAUGGAAUCAGAUGUUCAAAGGUUGGAAAGAGAGAUCCUGGAUGAGAAGGACAAAAUUCACAAGCGAGAUAACAUAAUCAGGGAGCUCAAGAACAGUUUAAGGAAAGAGGAUUCCUCAGAAACUCGUACUAAAGAAGUCAAUGUCUCCACAAAGAUUAGCAUCUUGGACCCUAACACUGGUAAAGACAUGUCACCAUACGAUGCCUACAUGCAAGGCUACCUCGAUCGCAGCCAGUACUUGCAAUUACAGGAACUGGAGUGCGACUGGGAGGAAACCACCACAAUGGGACCUGAUGGUGAAAUUUCUGUUUUGCAAGAUCGCAAGAGUGGCAAUCAGUACUCAAUCAAAAAUGCACUAACAGAAGGCAGGGUGACUAAAUACCAACUACAACAGUACAAGGAUGGCAAAAUGCCUAUCUCAGAGUUUGCUCUUCUUGUGGCUGGUGAAACAAAACCUCGGUCAUACACCCCAGUUACCAGCCAACCAACUCAGCUCAAUGAAGAGUUCCCCAUCUGUGGUGUGUAUGAUGUACACACUGAUUCAUGUCUAAAUGUACGCAGUGCCAUGAGUCGAAAGAUGAUUGACACCAACACUGCCCAAAAGCUGCUUGAAGCACAGGCAGCUACUGGUGGCAUUGUGGACAUCAGCAACAGCAUAAAAUAUUCUGUCCACAAAGCAGCUGAUCGAGGUCUGAUUGAGCCCAGUCAACUACAGCGGUUACUAAAUGCUCAAAAGGCCUUUACUGGAGUAGAAGACCCUAUGACCAAAGAACGUCUGUCAGUCGGAGAAGCUGUACAGAAAGGGUGGAUGCCCAAAGAAAAUGCCAUGAGAUACAUGGAGGCACAAUUUCUGACAGGUGGGUUGGUCAACCCCAACAAAGCAGGAAGAGUUAACAUUGUUGACGCUGUCAGCUCUAAGAUGAUUGACAGUACAAUGAUGAGAGAGCUUCAGGAAGAGAUCAACUAUGCAAAAGAGCUGAUUGAUCCCAUCACAAAGGAGAAGAUCAACUACAAGCAGGCUCUGGCUCGUUGUAAGACAGACCCACUCUCAGGUCUUCCAAUGCUUCCUGCUUCCUCCAAAGAUUCUGCCUAUACUUCCUAUAAUACAUAGACACUCAAUAGUCUACAUCAGUUUACAAAAUUGAUCAUGCAUUCAAGUUUCUGUACUAACCAUUUCUCCUUGGUUAAGAUGAAAAUUUUCUUUCAUAGAAAAAAAAAACAAACAAAAAAAACAGUCAGGUCCUGGACCACUUAUAAAUGCAAGCGUUUAGUGGGUGCGUUGAUUCAAUGUGUUCUUAAGUUAAAAAACAAAUGGAAUCUGCACACCAGAAAAAAAAGAAAAAGAUGUUACUGAUUUUAAGAUAAUUAAUAUAUAAUAAUAAAUGUGGUUAGAGAUUCACAAAAAAAAUGAAUUUGAAAUUUGAAAGUAAUGCUUAAUCUGAUCAAUACUGUACUUGUAAUACAACUUAUUGUAAAUCUCAGGCGCUAUAAAAUCUGUCAAUUUGACCACAUUACAUUAGUUAGUUUUCACUAAGAGUGAUUUAAAAAUCUCAACUGAUGAGAUGCUUAUGUUUACUUCAUUUUUUCAGUAUGUAAUGGGGCAGAAUAUUGUAACACUGAGCAUAAGGAAUAUUUAUCAAAACACAAAAAUGUUAUGCAUGUUUUAUUUGCAUGGUAUGAUGGGCCAGAAGUGCAAUUUCUGAUUUAAAAUCAUUAUACUUUUAUUUAUGUCUUUACCAUUCUCUGUCCUUUCUAAUACUGCUGAUGAGAAUAAUUGAGAAUAAUUAAAAAUGCAAUGAAUGACUUGUCUUUUUUGUUACAUCUAAUUUGUUUCUAUUAAAUGAAGUCAACACACAA